ACACAGACAGCCCCCCCCCCCCCCCCCCCCCCCCCCCCCCCCCCCCCCCCCCCGGCCAACAUCCAACAUCCCCAUCGACGCUCACACCCGCGACACGCGAUCCUCCGUCCCAGUAUGAGCACCCGCCAUGGUGUUUUCUGGCCUGCUCAGCUCGGGCGACAGGCCGUCGUCUAGCCGCUCCAAGACGAGCGGCAUCGAGGCGCACGACCUGCAGCCCGAGUUCAUCCACGACGAGGCGCAGCUCCCGUGCACCCCCCCCGAGCGCCCCAACCUGCGCGACCUCAACAACAGCCUCGAGGCGCUGGCCGCCGUCUUCCCCGACAUACAGAUCGAGGUGUUCCGCGAGCUGCUGUCCAGCUUUGACGGCGAGUCGAGGCUGGCCCUUGUCGCUGACGCGUUGCUGAAGAACCGCGUUGCCUGGGUCAAGGGCCGCUGGAGGGCGAUAGAGGCCGACGGCCAGGGCGCGCAUGGCGUCCAAAGGGCAGACGUCUUCCGAAGCCAAGAGUACAUCAAGGCCGUUCGCGCCCUCGCCUGGCAAGAGUUUCGAGGCCUACCGAGGGCCACCAUCAACGCCGUCCUCGCCGAGUCGAACCACUCCUAUCUCGAUGCCCGGCGGACCCUCGUCUCGCUGUCUUCCAAGUCGUGGCGCUUUACGAUAUCAUCGCUGAUUCUACGCCGGAGGGCGGUGACGGGGACCGGCGGAGACUCCGCCGAGAACCAUCCGCUCGUCGUGUGGCGCUCGACCGGCCAGGGGUCUAUCAUACCCACGAUCCGCACCACGGGCAAUGCCGAGCUCGAUCGCGAACUGUACAAUGCCCUCGUACGGCCACUGAAAGACCGGCUCCGUGUGGACAGAGAGGCCGCCGACCGUGACCUGGCGGCGCGGUUGAACAACCGUGAAGCCGAAGAGGUCAACGCAACGCACGAGUGUUCCUGCUGCUUCGUGACGAGCACAUUCGAGGAGUUCACAAGCUGCAGCAAGGGCGGGCACAUGAUCUGCUUCCGCUGCGUGCAGCAUUCCAUCAAGGAAGCCCUGUUCGGCCAGGGCUGGCUCAGCAUCAACACGGAGACGGGCACGCUCAAGUGCCUAGCCGUCGACGGCAACGAGUGCACCGGCCACGUCCCGGCCGACCACAUACACCGGGCUCUGAUGAAUGACAAGUCGGGCGCAGAUUUGCUUCACCGGCUAGACCAGCGGCUGGCAGAGCACAGCCUCGUCGCAUCCAAAAUUCCGCUGAUACAUUGCCCGUUUUGCAACUACGCUGAAAUUGACGACAUCUACAUGCCGACCCAUGAGACACGACUGCGCAUGAGCGCUGGCAACGCCUACCAGCUGUUUAUUCUAAUCAUUUGCGCCGGGUUUCUUAUUCUCAGAAUGCCCUUCGUCUUCGCAUCGACGAUCAUCUGCGUUGUGUUGAGUACCAACCUCACCCUCUGGGGCGGCCUUACCACAGAAUGGAAAAGGGCCAUCACGAGGCACUGCCGCCGGCGUCGGGGCUUGCGGUUCGAUUGCCAGAACCCCAGAUGCGCGCGGUCAUCGUGCCUCUCAUGCCACAAGUCGUGGACGGAUAUUCAUGUCUGCCACGAAUCAUCGCUCGUGGCGCUGCGAACGCAGGUGGAACAGGCCAUGAGCCUGGCGGUCAAGCGUGUGUGCCCGCGAUGCAACACCUCGUUCGUCAAGAACGCGGGCUGCAACAAGCUGACCUGCCCGUGCGGAUACAAGAUGUGCUACGUCUGCCGCGCCGACCUCGGCGACGAGGGCUACCGCCACUUCUGCGACCACUUCCGCCCCGACGGCGACCCGCGGCCGUGCCGGGAGUGCGACCGCUGCAACCUGUGGGAGUCUGAGGAUGUGGAAGAGGUGCUGCGGGAGGCCCGCGACGAAGCCGAGCGCCGCUGGAAGGAGACGGAGAAGCGCGAGCUAUCGGGCCAGGAGAAGACAUACCUGGAGACGGGCGUCGCGGCGAGCGGCUCACACCGCCGCGUAGGGCGGAUACUGUCGGGUGGGCACAUGCCGACGCUGCCAGACAUGCUCGACUUUCUGGUCGAGGUGCUCUUCACCUGAGGCAUCAUCAGUCGGCGCGCAGGCUGCUCGCCUCGGGUCCUCCUCACCACUGUACGAUCCUUACGUUGUGUCGCUUACCUUGUUUUAUGCGUUUCACUUGCCUUGGGCGUUUGGGAGCGGGGAAGCGGGACAAUUCUUUCAUAUCAGCCGCGGAAUAUUCCCUCAGAUGGUAUACACAAUAGUGGUGUGGUACGCGGACUGGCCGGCCUUUGUUUGGCUCAUGCCGACCGAUUGUUUUGUUUUUCAUAAAAUUCAUUUUACCAUCUCGCACGGCGGGCAUAGGUCGGAUAAGGUAACAAGGGGGUAGCCUCAAUGGCAGCCCAGCGGACUUCAUUUACAGUACAGACAUCAUUAUAAUACAUGACCCAUGGCAGAAUG